AUGCUAGAUAGAAGUCCCAUGAUGAUAAAUUCAACUGAAUUCAACAUUUCUCAAAAGGAAGAUAAGUUUAAAGAUAAAACAUCCUCAUCUCUCUCGACCCAUUUGAAAAAACAACAACGUUAAUAUGGAAUUGCUGAAAGUAACAUGUUUAGCAGUUGCAAGACAACUGCAGCCUUUUCACCAAGAUAAAUAAGUCAGGCAUCUAUCAUUUAAAAUAAGAAUAUGGAUUAUUUUACUCCGUAAAGUGAAAUAAAAGCCUCAUAAAUUAAUGCAAAUAGAAGGGUAUCUUGUGACUCAAGGAAGUCAAACUCCCUUAUAUACAUAAAAAACAAAUAAAGCAUUUAGAGUCCAGUAAAGCAAACAAUUGAUGAAAUGUAGCAAAAUAGAUAGGUUUAAAUUUAAUAGAUAAAUAAUUUCCUGAAAAACACCAAGAAAUUGAUCUCAAUAAUGGAGGUAGACUAGAAUAUAAUAGAUCAUCAGAAUAAUAAUAAGAAGCGACCAUAGACUUCGAAGUUCGUGAAUGAUGCUAGCGAAAGAAUUGAGAAAUUAAAGCUUUUAAGUUAGCCAGAAGAAUACAAUAAUGAUUUUAGGAUUAGAAUUGAUAGCUUGUUUGGCAAGGGAGGGAACUGUGCACAGAUAUAUAAUUAAGAUUAUGAAUAAAUCAUGAAUCCCCAUAAGUAUAAUAAGCAGCUAACUCCUUUUUAAGUAAUAGAUAGUAAAUAAGAAGAAUCUGAAAGAUCAAAAGAAGAAAUCAUCAAGGUUUUAGAAUUUUUGAAAGAUAUUUAUCCUUUAUCCUUGCUAGAUGAAUUCAACUUAAAAGAGCUGUAUAAGAAGCUCAGUACUACAAAAUCUAGACAAAUUUUUAUGGAAUCAGCAAAGUACUUACAAAAAGAGUUUUUCAUCUUUUCUCAAAUAUCUACAAUUAGACUUGAAAAAAUCUGUUAAGAUAAUAGCAAGCACUCAUAUUAUAGGAGAGCUGGUGAAUAUGUAUUUUUAGAAGGGAUGAGUGGAGAUUAUCUUUAUAUUGUAAGGGAUGGAGUAUUUGUAACUCAAAAAGAAGUAGUGAUUGAGCAUCAGAAUUUCUGGCCUUAGACUUCUGAAACUUGGAAAUCAAGCCUAAUAAAGAGGAAAGUACUUUUCACAGCUAAUAAAUUAGUACCUGGAAUAUAUUUCGGAGAGAAGGAAGUCCUUAAUAAAAAGCCGUACUUAAUAAAUUUAUGUGCAGCUGAGAGGGGAUCUUAGCUUAUAGUUAUUCCUAGAACUGAACUUAUGAAAUGCUUCACUGAAAUUGAACUAGAUAAGAUAAGAACCUAGCCCUGUGUAAUAUUUCCGAAUGAAGAAGAGAUUAAAAGGAGAAUAUAGAUUAUGGAAAAAGUUGUCAGUAUGAAAAAGAUUGCAUUCUUAAAUGCAACAAAUACCAAUUUCUUACCUGAAUCAAUGAGAGACUUCUAUUAAGAUCCAUCCACUAAGAAACUGCAUAAAUGGGUCCAUGGCAUAGAAAGUAGAACUAGAAAGAAACUAAAUUCAGCUAUUCAGUAGAAGGAUGUUAAAAAAGGCCAAAAUAAAAAUGAAAAAAUUACAUUAAUUGAUGAUUCUGAAAAGUUAUUCCUUGAACCAGCUGAUGAUAGGCAGUUCCCUAUUGUUAUGAGAGAGGUUCGAACGUUUGGUAAAUUAGCAUUCAAAGGCCAGAUAGACCAAAAAGAAUAGAGACUAAACAAUAUUGCUAAAGGAGUAGUAGAAUCCAUUAUUAAAGAGGCAAGGAAUGAUAAGUGA